AUGGACGAGUCAAGGAUUGAGUUUUAUGUGGAAGCUUCAAAGCCAGCAGUAAACAUGAUGUCCAAGGAGUCCACUCACCCAAGGAAGAUAAAACCUUUAACCAUUUUCUAUGAACCAAGAGGAGAGUCUGUGGAAGACAGAACCCAUGGCAAAAUGACCAUCGAAGUCCCUGAACCUUUCCCCUACAAAGAUGACAAAGUUGUCCCAUGGAACUACAAUUGCAAUGUACAAGUUUCAAAUACGGGGAAAUGGAUAACUGAAUCUCAAGAUGGUGCUACAAAUAUAACUGGUGUUAGGGGGAUUACCCGCAGCGGACGUUGCUAUACACCAAAGGGGUCGGUGACGGAAAAAGAAGCUGCCGAGUUCCUCAAGUUCAUUAAACAUAGUGAGUACAAUGUGGUCGAGCAAUUGAACAGGUUGCCUGCUCGUAUUUCACUACUAUCUUUGCUCCUAAGCUCGGAACCACAUAGGAACUCUUUGAUGAGGAUUCUGAACCAAGCAUAUGUGGAUCAUGAUAUCUCAGUUGAAAAUUUGGACUACAUCAUUGGGAACAUUUUAGUGGGUAACAUAAUACCCUUUAGCGAUGAAGAAAUCCCUUCUGGAGGUAGGAAAAACUACAAAGCCUUGUAUAUCACUACCAAGUGUAAAGGUUAUACCGUCGCAAAAGUGCUGCUUGAUAACGGAUCGUCCUUGAAUGUGAUGCCCAUGAGGACCUUGGCCAGCUUACCCAUCGACAUGUCUUACAUGAGAAAGAGCUAGAUGAUUGUGAGAGCCUUUGAUGGGAUAAGGAGAGAAGUAGUAGGGGACAUUGAGAUACCGGUAGAAAUCGGCUCGUGUACCUUUACCAUUGAAUUUCAGGUUAUGGAUAUCGCUCCUUCAUACAAUUAUUUGUUAGGAAGACCUUGGAUCCACUUAGUUGAGGCCAUACCUUCAUCGCUUCACCAAAAGAUCAAGUUCAUCAUGGACGAAAAGAUUGUAUGUGUUAACGGGGAAGAAGACUUACUCAUAAGCAAGCCAACAAAUAUUCCUUACGUGGAGGAGACGGAAGAAGUGCCUGAAUGUUCCUUCCGGUCCUUUGAAUUUGUUAAUACCACAUAUGUUGGAGAAGGAGCCGCACCACCUAUGCUGAGGCUUUCUAAAACCACCGAGAUGGCUGUCAAUCAGAUAGUAGGGAAAGAAUAUCGAGCCAGGGCAGGACUGGGAAGAGAACUGCAAGGCAUUAGAAGACCCAUAUGUGCUAUCAAAAAUGAAGAAAGGUUUGGCCUGGGUACAAGUGUCAGCGAACUUGACGAUACAAAAAAUGUGGAGGAUUAUGAUUUAACUCCAGACUUGUUAAGACUAGUAGAACAUGAGGGGAGACAAAUUGUCCCACAUCAAGAGACACUUGAAACAAUUAAUUUGGGAAAUGAAGAAAAUAAGAAAAAAGUUAGAAUUGGUACGACGUUGGAGCCUAGUGAAAAAGAAAAACUAAUAAAGCUACUCCAUGAGUAUGUAAAUGUGUUUGCGUGGUCCUAUCAAGAUAUGCCAAGAAUCAAUACAAACAUUGUAGCCCAUAAACUGCCUUUGAAACCCGAAUGCAAACCAAUUAAGCAAAAGUUGAGAAGAAUGAAACCUGAAAUGCUUUUGAAAAUUAAGGAAGAGGUGAAGAAACAGUUUGAUGCAAGAUUCUUGGAAGUAGCUAAGUACCCCGAAUGGGUUGCAAAUAUUGUCCCUGUGCCUAAGAAAGAUGGGAAAGUGAGAAUGUGUGUGGACUAUCGAGAUUUAAAUAGAGCUAGCCCAAAAGAUAAUUUCCCUCUGCCCCACAUCGACACCCUUGUUGAUAAUACUGCCUGCCAUUCCAUGUUUUCCUUUAUGGAUGGCUUUUCAGGGUAUAACCAAAUUAAGAUGGCACCAGAGGAUAGAGAAAAAACUACCUUCAUAACUAUGUGGGGGACCUUUUGUUAUAAGGUAAUGCCAUUUGGUUUGAAGAAUGCUGGGGCAACUUAUCAGCGGGCCAUGGUGACUCUCUUCCAUGAUAUGAUGCACAGAGAGGUCGAGGUGUAUGUGGAUGAUAUGAUUGUAAAAGCUCGCAAAACAGAGAACCAUGCGACCAAUCUUGAAAGGUUGUUUAAGAGGUUACGAAAGUUUCAGCUCAGAUUAAAUCCGGUAAAGUGCAUCUUUGGAGUCACUUUUGGAAAGUUACUUGGUUUCAUAGUCAAUGAAAGAGGAAUAGAAGUUGACCCGAAUAAGGUUCAAGCAAUCCGUGAUUUGCCUCCUCCCAAAAUGCAGAAAGAGGUUAGGGGAUUCUUAGGAAGGUUGAAUUAUAUAGUCCGGUUCAUAUCACAACUCACCAAAUGUGACCUGAUCUUCAAGCUCCUUCGCAAACACAAUCUUGGGGCAUGGAACGAGGAGUGCCAAGUUACUUUUGACAAGGUUAAAGAAUAUUUGUUAAGUCUGCCAGUGUUAGUACCACCUAUGGCCAGAAGACCCCUCUUCUUGUAUUUGACAGUAAAUGAAGGAUCCAUGGGAUAUGUGUUGGGACAACAUGAUGAAACUGGUAAGAAAGAAAGAGCAGUUUACUACUUGAGUAAAAAGUUCACUGAGUACGAGUCCAAGUAUUCCUCGUUGGAAAAAAUGUGUUGUGAUUUAGUAUGGACGGCGUAUCGACUCAGGCAGUACAUGCUAUAUCAUACUACUUGGCUCAUUGCAAAGUUGGAUCCUAUUAAAUACAUCUUCGAGAAGCCAUCCUUAUCAGGUAGAGUGGCAAGAUGGCAAGUUUUGUUGUCUAAAUAUGAUAUUGUAUAUGUGUCCCAAAAAGCUAUCAAAAAAAGUGCAAUCGCAGAUUUUCUGGCAGAAAGGGUGGAAGAGGAUUAUGAACCAAUGGAGUUUGAGUUUCUAGAUGAGGACCUGAUGUCGAUUUGUCAAACAAAUGAGGAGGAAUCAGAGGAAAAAGAGAAUUGGAAGAUGUUUUUUGACGGAGCUUCAAAUGCCUUGGGGCAUGGCAUAGAGAUCGUAUUAGUGUCACCAGAAGGAGAUCAUUAUCCCGUCAUAGCUAAACUCAACUUCUAUUGUACCAAUAAUGUGGCCGAAUAUGAAGCUUGUGUCAUGGGUCUUCAGGCAGCAAUCAAGAAGAAAAUUCACACUUUGAAAGUGUAUGGGGAUUUUACUUUGGUCAUUUAUCAGUUGCGAGGAGAAUGGGAGACACACGACUCAAAGUUAGUCCGAUAUCAUAAGUAUGUUUCAAAGCUGAUUGAAAAUUUUGAUAAGAUUCGCUUCACCCAUUUGCCCCGAGAGGAGAACCAAAUGGCUGAUGCAUUAGCCACGCUGGCAGCUAUGUUCAAAGUUGGUACCAAUGUCAAGAUUCAACCCAUCAUGAUUAAUCUUCGAGAGUACCCCGCACACUACUCUAGUGUAGAGGAAGAAGUAGACGAGAAACCGUGGUACCAUGAUAUUGUGCAUUAUCUCAAGUUUCAGCAGUAUUCGGAACAAAGCUCAGAAAAUGAUAAGAAAACCAUUAGAAGGUUGGCAAUGAAUUUCUUCUUGGAUGGGGACAUCUUAUACAAGAAAAGUAGGGAUCAAGUGCUUUUGAGAUGUGUGGAUUCAGCCAAAGCUUUGAGAAUAGUUGAGGAAGUCCACGAAGGAAUUUGUGGGGCACAUGCCAGUGGGCAUAUGUUGGCAAGACAGGUCAUGAGAGCAGGGUAUUACUGGCUCACGUUGGAAACAGAUUGUAUAGAUUUCGCUCGAAAGUGUCACAAGUGUCAGAUAUACGCAGACAGAAUCCACACUCCUACAAAUUCACUGAAUGUAUUGACAUCACCAUGGCCAUUCUUAAUGUGGGGCAUGGAUGUGAUUGGGUUGAUAACCCCCAAGGCAUCAAAUGGACAUCGGUUAAUUCUGGUGGCGAUUGACUACUUCACUAAGUGGGUAGAAGCAGCAUCUUAUGCCAAUGUGACCCAAAAAGUGGUAUGUAAGUUCAUCCAAAAAGAAAUAAUAUGCCGCUAUGGUCUCUCAGAAAGGAUCAUCACAGAUAAUGCUAGUAACCUCAAUGGUUCAAUGAUGAAAGAGGUUUGUACUAAGUUCAAGAUCAAGCAUCACAAUUCAGCGCCUUAUCGCCCAAAGAUGAAUGGAGCAAUAGAAGCAGCUAACAAGAACAUCAAAAAGAUAAUUGAAAAGAUGACAAAUGUAUACAAAGAUUGGCAUGAAAAGUUACCAUUUGCUUUGCAUGCUUAUUGCACAACAGUCCGAACUUCCACAAGAGCUACGCCGUUCUCUUUGGUGUAUGGGAUGGAAGCGGUUUUGCCAAUUGAAGUAGAAAUCCCUUCCCUAAGGGUCCUUAAAGAAGUACAAUUGGAAGAAGCUGAAUGGGUUAACGUUCGUUAUGAGCAAUUGAAUCUCAUAGAAGAAAAAAGAUUGACGGCACUUUGCCAUGGACAGUUAUACCAAAAGAGAAUGAUGAGGGCAUAUGGCAAGAAGGUACAUCCUCGUCAGUUCCAAGAGGGAGAGUUAGUAUUGGAAAGAAUUCUUCCGAAGCAGCAGGAUCCUCGCGGGAAAUGGACACCAAAUUGGGAAGGACCAUUCGUGGUGAAGAAAGCUUUUUCAGGAGGAGCACUAAUUUUGGCAGAGAUGGACGGAAGGGAGCUUUCUAACCCAGUGAAUGCUGAUGCUGUCAAGAAAUAUUUUAUUUUUGAAAGGCGCAAAGAGGGGCAGCUGUAG